AUGGCGACGAAAAUUUCCAUAGAAUUAUUGAUUAUGGUUUUAAAUAAUGUUAAAUCAACUCAAGAUUUAUAUUCAUCAUUAUUAGUUAAUCGAUUCUGGUGUAAAGUUACUAUACCUAUACUUUGGGAAAUACCUUUUGGUCAUGAAUGUCGGAUGGGCUAUAUUGAGUUGAGGAAGAGAGCAUUAUGUAUUCGAACUUAUAUAUCAUGUAUGGAUACUCAAGCUAGAACUUUACUUACUCAAAAUGGAUUUGAUUUAUCAUCAUCACCACCUCAAGUCACUUUUGAUUAUCCAUCUUUCGUUCAUAAAUUUGUCAUAAAUCAUUUAGUUUAUUUUAUUUCCAUAUAUUCACCACUAAUUAUUCCACAACAAAUUACUGGUUCAGAUCAAGAUAAUAACAAUAAUGAGAAUUAUUAUGAAAUUGUCAUCGACAAAUCAAGAAUAUUAUUUUGUGAGAUAUGCAAACUAAUAAUUAAUCGUUGCGAAUUUCUGGAUUGUUUUAAGUUGGUGGGAGUUAACUUAUGUUAUGAGAAAUAUUAUCUAAGUUAUAGUGAUUCAAUUGGUUCAAUUCUCAAGUUACCUGGUGCCCCGAAUGUAUUUAAAAAAUUAGAAAGUUUUACUUCGAUGGUAGGAAAAAAUGAGCCGAUUCAUCUAUUAUACGAAUCAUUAGCAUUAAUUUGUGAUAAUAUUUUAAAUAUGAAUUUGGAAUUUAAAUCAUAUUCUCAAAUGCAAUUAUUUGCAAAACUUAUUAAUGCCCAAAAACGUUUAGAAAAUUUAUCAAUUGUUGCUAGAAGUAAUCUAGAUUUCAAUUCAUUUUUAUGGGCUAUCAUUGGUCAAAAAGAAUCCUUAAGAAGUCUUUAUUUAAAAUUAGUAAGUUUUUAUCAUUUCGAGGUGAAAUCAUCACCAAUUGGACAAUUUAUUUCACUUCAAGAUUUUUAUAUUGAAGAUUGUUCUGGAUUGUAUAGAUCGGGUAGUUUAUUUUUUGCUUCAUCACUUACUCAAUUAAGUAGUUUUCAUUUUAGACAGAAAUGUCGUGAGUAUCCUCAAGAAUUUAUUAAAAAAAUUAUUGAAGCAGCCAAUAUAAAUUUAAAAAAUAUUCGCUUAGAUUUAAUUUCCGCAAUUCCAUAUGAUAUAUUUUCAGCAAUUUUAAAAUAUUGUUCAAAAAUUACUGAAUUGACUUUACAUAUUUUAUGUUCUGAACAAGUUAUAUUAAUAUUAAAUAAUAAUUUUAAUGAAUUAAGGAAAUUCUCAUUUGGUUGUGGAAAAAGAUUUGAUAUUGAUAAAUUAUUAUGCCAAAUGGUCGAAAAUGUACCAGAAUCAAUUGAAACUAUUGAAAUUAAAAUGGGGAUAUUUAGUUCCGAUAGUUUAAAAAAUUUUUUUAAAGAAUGGUGUCGUAAAGGAGGAGGAGGAACCAAAAAGAUUAUUGUAAAAUGUAAGGAUCGUAGGGGGCUAUUUACAUUAAGUGAAUGA